AUGGAUAAAAAGCUCAGGGAGAUCAUUGAGAAGCUGGAGCAGAGGUGUGACCUGCUGACAGAAGCGGCGCAGCACCAGCAUAGCGGGAGCACAUCUAGAGCUGGAGAUCUGCUCCAGAAGUCGGCUUCCCCUUUUGCUGACCGGGUGGCCUCGUUCCGCCUCCCCGAGAAGUUUAAAGUCCCCGACAUCAAGACCUACGCCGGGCAGGAGGACCCGGUGGAGCAUUUGGACAACUACCGCGCUCACCUCGAGCUGCAGGGGACCCCGGAUGAGGUGGCGUGCCGCGCCUUCCCGCUGACCUUGUCGGGAAAUGCCAGGGAUUGGUAUAGAAGGCUUCCCCCGAAGUCCAUACAAAGCUUUGACGAAUUCGGAAAAAUGUUUGUAACUCAAUUUAUGGCGGGAGUUGUAAGAAAGAAGCCGGCAGGCACCUUGAUGUCAAUACAACAGGGGCGAGAUGAGUCCCUUAAGGAGUUCCUCCAGCGCUUCAACCAGGCAAGGCUAACCACCGAGAGCCUCACCGAAGAGUUUAUGCAUUCGGCACUCUAUCAGGGGAUCAGGAAAGAUGGGCCGCUGAUGGCUGACCUCGCUCGAAAGCCGACUCGUUAUUUGCACGAGUUCAUGGAGAGGGCAGAGGAGUUCAUUAACCAAGAAGAGACUCUUCGAGCGUUGCUCGGGAAAACAACCGGUCAAACCUCUAAUCAGGGGGACAAGUCGAAGAAGAAGAAGGAAUUCCACAAGAAGCAGGAGGUAUUGGAACCCGGGGUCAAGAAGAAAUUCCAGGAUUACAACUGGACUCCCCUCAACGCGCCCAUCGAAGAGGUCCUAGCGGCGAUUAAAGUGGAUCCCAUGUACGAGAAACCUGCGGAGAUAGUUGGAACCCCCCACCCGAGGAACGCUGACCACUAUUGCGCUUUCCACGAGUCGAAGGGGCAUAGCACAGAGAAUUGCAGGUCCUUGCGGGCCUUAAUUGAGAAGUUUAUCCGGAACGGGAAGCUACUCCGUUUCUUGGCGGGUCAACGGGGUCCGCCGGGGUUUGAUCGGAACCCCCAGCCCGAGGAACAAAGGAACCAGCCGCAGAGAUAUCGGGAAGAGCCCAGGGAAAGGAUGGAGCGCCCCCGGGACCGUGAUAGAGAGCCUAACUACCGACCGGCCGACCGAGACAGGCGAGAGAGAAGCAGGAGCCAAGCGCGACUGCCUGGUCGGGAAAACCUCCGCGAGAUUCAUACGAUAUCGGGCGGUUUCGGAGGAGGAGGUGACUCAAGUGCCGCGCGUAAGGCUUAUGCGAGGCACCUGAAAGAGUUUGAAAUAUACUCGGUCCAGAGACCGCCGAAGAUGAGGAAGUAUAAGGACUUACUCAUUGGUUUCUCGAAUGAGGACUUUGUUGGGGUCUCGCUCCCCCACUCGGACGCUCUGGUGGUGACUUUAGCCAUUGCAAAUCAUAAGAUACACAGGGUCCUUAUCGACACCGGAAGUUCCGCCGACAUAAUAUUGGUCCCGAUGAAGGGUCCCUUGGUCGGUUUUUCCGGAGAGCAGGUCCUCCCGAUCGGGUCUAUUGACCUACCGGUCAUGGCAGGAACUAGCCCCCAGGAGAAAACGGUUAUGGUAAAAUUCUUAGUGGUGGAAGGGCGGUUGGCGUAUAACGUUAUCCUGGGGAGGCCAGCCUUGAAUGAUUUGGGGGCCGUAACUUCAACACCCCAUCUGUGCAUGAAGUUCCCGACUAGCUCGGGAGUCGGUGUGGUUAGAGGAGACCAGAGGGCCGCCCGCAUGUGCUAUAUCACCACCUUGAAGGCCGGCCAUGCAGAAAGCACUGCGGAAGAGGAGAAAUAG